GAUGGAGGAGCAGAGAAAGGCAGAACUAGAGGACGAGAGAGACCAUCAGAGUGAAGUGGACGAGGAGCUGCAGCAGGAGAAGCAGGAGCUGCUGCAGCAAGCAAUGAGGAUGAGGCUGGAGCAGGAGGAAGAGAUGAGGGAACUGAACACGCUGUUCCUCAAUGCCAAGUGCAACAUGAUCCGGGACAAGCAGGUCCUGGAGAAGAGGAUGAUCCACAAGGAACUGGCAGAGGAGGAGAAGCGCCUGGACAAGAUGUUGGAAAUGGAGCGGGAGAAGGCCAUGGAGGUGCAGGAGGAGCUGGAACACUGCAGGAAGCAGGAGCUGAUCAGAGCCAAGCAGCACAUUGUGAAGCAGAUGGAGCAGAAUGCAGAGGAGCGAGCGCUGAGGGCCGAGGAGCUGUACCAGGAGGGCCAGAGGCAGCUGGAGCACUUGGAGCAGAUGAAGAGGGAGGAUCAGAAGGCCUGGGAGCAGAAACAAGAACAAAAAAGGAAAACCUUUGCUGAAAUUCAGCGUUUCAACAUGGAGAGCCAGAGGCUGAAGGAUAAACAGCGGGAACAGGAGAGGCUGGAGGACGAGCGGGUGCUGCAGCAUCAGCGGCAGAAGGCUGAGCACGAGGCUGCCUUGGAGGCGCAGCAGGAACAACUGCGCCUGGAGAAGGAGAAGGAGCUGGCCCGGCUCAGGGCUAUGCAGGAGCAGGCCCAGGACUGGCAGGCAGAGCGGGAUGCUCUGAGGGCCAAGAGGAACCAAGAGGCUGCAGACAGGGAAUGGCGGCGACGGGAGCUGGAGAAGGCACAGAGGAAGGCUGAGAUGGAACAGCAGCUGAGGCAGGACCGGCUGCAGCAGGUGGCCCAGAAGGAACAGCACUUGGCCAUGCAGAUGGAGCAGGAGUGCCAGGAAUUCCAGAGGGUGCUCAGGACCCACCAGGAGCAGCUGGAGCGGGAGAAGCUGCAGCAGGAGCUGAGAGAGCUCCGGCAGCGCGCCCAUGCCGAAGAUCUCCGGCGGCAGAUCCAGGAGCUCAGGCAGCAGCGGCAGCGCGAGCGGGCGGCUGUCAUUGAGGAGGGCCGGCGGCAGGAGCAGGAGCUCCGGCAGCGCAGCCAGCGCCUCGCCCAGCUCAGGCAGCAGAAGCUGCAGGAGUUCAGAGCCACCGGAAUUCCUGACAAAUAUUGUGCCCAGGUGGAGCGCAGGGCCCGAGGCAGCACAGCCCCCUCCUAGGCCCAGCCCCACCAGGAACCAGCUGGGAUUCCCCAUGAGUUUGGGGCUCCUGUUAGUGCUGGGUCAAAGGUGGGGUGUAACCAGUCUGUGUUCUACUCCCACCUCCAUCAUCCUGAUGAACUCCUAAUGGAUGGGUCACUCACUGCCCAUUGCACAGCUGGGUGUUAGAUAAGGGAAGGAGGCAAACCCUGCAGGACAGGGUUUGUUUGUCUUCCCAAAAUAACUAAACUCUGGCAACUACACCCAGCCUCAGGGGUCACCUCUGCCCAUGGGCCAUCAUGGCUCAAAGAUCCCAGUGGGCAGCGUGUGGAGACCCCAGAACAUCCCAUGAGUUAUAGGAAUACAGAAUUCCACUGUGAAAUUCCCUGCCCAGGCAGAGGUACUGAACAUUGCUGCCUCAAUGUGACCAUAUAUCAUCUGGGCUCUUUGGGGAUUUGGGAUACCACCACAGCUCGAGGGAGCCAGAGGAGGACCAGACCUUCCACAGGACCACUGCUUUCAACAGGAGUGCAACCAUCACUUCAACACCCUGACCGACAGGAUACCAGGUUGUACUCUGCCUUUGUGGUUUAACUCCAGUUUUUCUGUAUCAUUGCAUUUAUUGUAAUCUUUCUAUUAAAUUGAAAUUCUGACCUGAAA